AUGCAUCCCUCUUCCAACAACAAUGGGUGUAAACCACCAAAGACUUGUUUUUUUGGUAAUUACUACAAUGAUACCAACUAUUCAAAAACCCCUCAAGAAUAUUAUUAUGCUCCAUCUUCUUUUCCAUCUUUCCUCCUUCCAUCCCCUAAUUACAUUCCUUUAGAAGAUGAAGCAGGCUUCUGCGAGUCCUUCCAACAACAACAAUAUUUCUCCAACGAUCAUAACCACCACGAUACAAUCAGUACUCUAGCUCAUGAGAUGACUACUAAUGUUGAAUCUAUCAUGGGAGAGUGUGGUAGUAACAAUGGACAGGUUGCUAGGAAUGACGGAGAUGAUGAACCCUACGACUUUAGUACUCACGCUGAGCCUGAAAGUAGCAGUCCAAGGAAGAGACAUUCUAAAGGAGAUCGGCAUAGCAAGAUUGACACCGCUCGAGGCCCCAGAGAUCGAAGGAUGAGAUUGUCCCUUGAUGUUGCUAAAAAGUUGUUUGGUUUGCAAGACUUGCUUGGAUUUGAUAAGGCCAGCAAGACAGUCGAUUGGUUGCUCACAAAAUCAAGAACUGCCAUUCUAGAACUCCUUCCUGACCGGAGCUGCAGCUUUAUGGGUGUAUCUAAUUACAGUGCAUCUUCUACUUCAGAAUGUGAGGUUCUAUCUGGAACAGCAGCUGAUCAGUCUAUGCUAAAGACUGGAGAUGAUCAAGCACCUACUACAAAUAAUAAGGAAAAGUCUACUUCUGGAAGCAGCAGCAAAAAACAGAAGGAAAAGAUUACUAGAGGAGUUAGAAGAAGUGCAGGUCUUCAUCACCCUCUUGCUAAAGCAACAAGGGAAAGGGCAAGAGUAAGGGCAAGGGAGAGGACAAUCGAAAAGAGAAGUAUUAAUAAGAUCGGUGUUGCUCAAGAUUCAAAAUGUAGACCAUGUUUAGAUCAGGCAAUGGACCAAGAUGUAAACCAAUUAGGUUCUUGGAGCAUCUUCGAAGAAAACCAAUGUCAAAGCACUGGUCAACCCGAUCAAAUGAGCUCUCACUUCCAGUUUAAGCAAGGAUUUGUUGGUGAUAAUUCUUCACUGAUGAUGACAGGCAAUUGGAGCCCGUCCUACAUGCUCAAUUAUCAGCAUAAUAUUGCCGGUCUAGCACAUGAGCAUCAUUCUAAUGACUUUCAAGCAAUUGGUAAAUCAUGGGAAGGCAACAGCACUUAG